AUGCCGGCGGGAGGAGCGGGUGGUGCUGGUGGAGGAGGAGGAGCAGGGGCAGGAGGAGGAAAGAAGAUCUUCAUCUACCAGUUAGAUAGCUACCUUGGACAGGUUCUGGGUCAGCAUGCCAAGAAGCAUGCAGCAGAAGGGGAUGAGCGGAUCCUGUGCGGAUGUCUCACCAACCCUAGAAGCUCCGUGAGCUGGGCUGAUAGCAUCAUCGAUAAGAAUGACCCAUCAGCGCUGAAGAAGGCACUUCUCUCAUCAGACAUCAUCGUCUACGACAUCUCCAGUGAUCCACAAGAAGCUACAACAGCGCUCAAGAUCCUCCUCAAGUAUGAUUAUGCAGAGAACCCUGAGGACGAGACGGAGAAGGUUUUGAUUGGAGUGUCGAACUUGCUGAGUUGGGCAGGGAACAGCGUGAAGAUCCCAGCAGCUGAUGACGAGGCUGCUAUGAGUGCGUAUGCAGAGAAGAUGUCACAUGCUCUGACGGCAGAGGACCAUAUGGACAGACGCCCGCACCCCAACUACAAGGCGCAGGUAGCGGUUGAGAACUUGAUCAUUAACAAGGGCAACAUCAAGAAGGACAAGCUCAAGACCUACGUCGUCUGGUCGGGAGUGCAGUAUGGGUGCGGGGAGAGCGUCUUCCACUCUCUGUUCAAGUGGGCCUGGCUGGGCACUCACAUGGCUCUGCCCAUCAUCCAACCUGGCUCGAACAAGAUCCCCAUGAUCCACGUUGCGGAUCUUGCUGGGAUGGUGCUGGAAGUGGCCCUGACCUGUCCGACGGACCUUCCCAACAACUCCCUGCUCGCUGUUGACAAGGCAGAGUGCACGUUGAAGGAGGUGGCGGCCGCCAUUUCCUCGGCCCUGCAGUUCGGGGACGUAAAGGAGUGCGAUCAGGAGGAGUAUCUGGAGCUGAUGACGCAGGAGAAGGAGCCGCACAUCAACUCGGUCUUCCUUGAGCUGAACAUGUCCAUGACCUUCAAGCACGGUGAAGUCAUCGGGUACGGCGAGGAGAGCAGCUCGUGGGUGGCUGGGACCGGUUUUGUCGCAAACAUCGAAAGGGUGGUCAAUGAAUACCGGGAGUGGCGGAUGCUGCAGCCUGUUCGGGUGCUCUUCUACGGCCCUCCUACCUCAGUCUGGUACCCAACGGAGGAGGGAAAGCUGUUCCUUGCCCGGGAUUUCGCACAAGAGUACAACGUGACCCUGAUCGACACCAAGGAGCUCGUGAAGGAGUACAGGAACAAGCCCUCGUACGAGGAGGACCCGAAGCUAGGGACGAACCUCUCGGUCAAGCUCAAGGAGAUCGAGGAGGAUGGGGAGGUCCCGUUGGAGCUGAUCGUGGAGGCCGUGCAGAGGAAGCUUGCGACCCCCGCAUGCCGCAACCAGGGGUACGUGCUCGAGAACUUCCCGGACUCCAAGGAGGCGCUUGAGAUGCUGUUUGAUGUGGACAAGGUGGAGCCGGAGGGCGAGGGGGUGGCAGAGAACGAGGGCGGAGAGCCUGCUGCGGGGGAGGAGCCCCGAGCGCCGCUCGCUCCUCUCCCUCAGACUGUCUUCCACCUAGUGGCUGAGGAAGAAUUCAUCCUCAAGAGAAUCUCUGAGUUGCCGCAGGAACAGGCGGAGGCCGAGGGGGAGACGGAGGAGAAGGUCUUGGAGGGGCUGAAGGCGUUUAAGGAAGCGAACCUAGUCGACGAGGAAGGAGUACAGCAGGGAUGUUUGGGAGUCUACAAGAGCAACAGGAACAAGGGAUGCCAGCAAGUCGUCGACAUAGUCUGCGAUAAUCCGCUGCAGUUCAUCCAAGAUAAGAUUAGGUUGUCUAUCGGGAAUCCGAGGAAUUAUGAUCCGGAGGGACCCAAGAGGAAGAGAGAGGAGGAGAGGAUGAGGGGAGAGCAAGCGAAGCAGGCGGAGGCGGAGGCGAAGAAAAAGGUCCUCGGGUCGAAGGAGGGAGUGCGGUGGCUGAAGAGACGACAGGAGGAGGAGGAAGCGAGCCGAACGGAGAGGGAGAUGAAGAAGCAGAACGACGCCAGGAAGCUCGCAAGGCUCCAGGAGGAGGAGCGAGAAGCGCUCCACUUGAGGUCGCUGCCCAUGAGGAAAUAUCUGAUAGAGAAUGUCCUGCCCACCCUCACAAGGGGCCUCCAAGAAGUUGCCAAGGUCCGACCUGAAGAUCCCAUCGACUACCUUGCGGAAUAUCUCUUCAACGCGGAUCCUCAGCAGAACUGAUGAAUGGGAAAGAGACGCGGCGGCGGCGGCAGCAGCAGUAGGAGAGGAGAGAAGCUCUUGUGAUACACUUUUACUUCAACUUG